AAUCUUAGUUUGACUAAAUCCCCUCCCUUCUCAGGUGCUGCAGCUUCCAUUCUAUUGGCUCUUGCGUUCUCUCCAUGUAAUUAAUUCUCAGCCGUUGUAGCCUUCUAGCUUAAGCAGGACGUCCAUUUCUAACACAGAAAAAUCAAUCAGAACAAACAAAGCCAAUCCAAACAAGAAAUGUUAUUGCUACUCCUUGGAGUACAAGCUCCUUGGGCAGGGAUUGUCUCCUCAUGUUUGUACAGUGCCUAGCACAGUGGGGUCCUGGUCUACGAGUGGGGUUGCUACUACUGCAAUAAAAUGUCUAAAUCACUUAGCUCUUUGGCCUAGUGGCACUAGAGAAGGCUUUUGCCUGUUGAAUCUCCUGCACAUAGUGGUAGACGGCACUAUACUUAACCGAAAAACCAAUUGCGAGCAGCAGUGGGGGAGGCUAGAGAAGACAUGUGGGCUGUACUGCAAUAGAAGGGAGGACCGAGCCCAGUGCAGCUGCUGUGCCUGGGAAACCUCAUUUAGUUCAGUCUAUUCCAGCAGUGGGCUGUCCCUUUGCUCAGCUGUUAUAACAGCACCUUUCCCGCACAAUGUCGUCAUGCUGCUUCUAUUUUAAAUCUCUGGACUGGAUCUUGUGACAGAGGGAUUUGGCAUCUCCCCUACAUGCUGGAAUGUGGCACCUUGGAAGAUGGAGAGUGGCAACAGCUGCUGUAUCGGGAGUGCCCCUCCUUGCCUUAAGCACAGGGCGAGACCCAGGUUGCUAUCCUAGGACUGUUACUUGUCAGAACAGCAGUGUCUCUGUCUGUGUCAGAGCAGCAGGGUUUAACAGUCUGUACAUCUCUCUCUUACCCACCACCACAUUUAGAGUUGGAACAGCCCAAGAAAUCACUCCGGGCAGCUGGGGCCUCCAGAGCCCUCAUUCUUCUCUUUCAGCUGCACUGAAAGCUGCAAAAAUUCUUUGCUGCAAGAAAACCAGGGUUAUGUCCUCAGAAGAUGAUGUUGGUGGGGAGGCUCCUGGGGGCAGUUUUUGGGAGGCUGGUAACUACAGGCGGACAGUGAAGCGUGUAGAUGAUGGGCACCGUCUCUGUAACGACCUCAUCUCCUGCUUCCAGGAGCGAGCCAAGAUUGAGAAGAACUAUGCACAGCAGCUAACAGACUGGUCCCGCAAAUGGAGGACCGCUGUGGAGAAGGGCCCUCAGUAUGGCACACUAGAGAAGACUUGGCACGCCUUCCUGACAGCCGCAGACAAGCUGAGCGAGAUCCAUCUAGAGGUGCGGAACCAUCUUGCUGGUGAAGAUGCAGACAAGAUCAAGGCCUGGCAGAAGGAGGCCUACCAUAAGCAGAUGAUUGGUGGGUUCAAGGAGACUAAAGAGGCAGAGGAUGGAUUCCGUAAGGCCCAGAAACCCUGGGUGAAGAAGCUGAAAGAUGUGGAGACUUCUAAGAAGAACUAUCACACAGCCCGGAAGGAUGAGAAGACUGCACAGACACGUGAGAACCAUGCCAAGGCAGAUUCCUCCAUCUCGCAGGAGCAGCUGCACAAGCUGCAGGAGCGUGUGGAGAAAUGUGCACAAGAGGCUGAGAAGUGUAAGGAUCAGUAUGAGAAGAUGCUGGAGGAGCUAAACCGCUACAAUCCCCGCUACAUGGAGGACAUGGAACAGGUGUUUGAGGGCUGCCAGGAGGCAGAGUGCAAGCGAUUGUGCUUCUUCAAGGAGAUGUUCCUGGAUCUACACCAACACCUCAACAUCUCCACUAAUGAAAGUUUUCAUGCACUGUACCGGGAUCUGUACCAGGGAAUCGUGGCUGCAGAUGACCAGGAGGACCUGAAAUGGUGGCGCAAUACACAUGGGCCAGGCAUGGCCAUGAAUUGGCCACAGUUUGAGGAAUGGACCCUGGAAACCCAGCGGCCAAUCAGCAAGAAGGCGAAAAGCAGUAAAAGUGCUGAAGAUGUGACACUGACCAGCAUUAUGCCCACACGGGAUGGCGUCUCUCAGACCCCUCCACAGACACGGCGAGGCAGCGGCGGGAAAGAGGACGUGUCGGAGUGGUCCGAUGAUGACACUCCCAAGAAAUGCCUGGAUGCCAAUGGGCACGAGGAGGACAUAAAAGUACCAGGCGUACAGGUGAAGAGCUAAUGAAGAUCAGUGAAGAGGAUGAGCAGGGCUGGUGCAAAGGCCGGCUUCACACUGGCCAGGUUGGACUCUAUCCUGCUAACUAUGUCAAGAGGGUGGGAUCAUGAUUGCUACUCUCAUCUUGAGGUGUGUGUGUGUGUGUGUCUCGCAUGUAUAUCAGCAUCUCCUGCAGAAGUCACCAGGUCACUGCUGAGCCCCUAACCCACAUCAACAGCAUAUGUAGCAAUUUCUGGACUCUCUGGGGAAAUUUAUUUCUUGUAAUCAAUGCUUCAUUUUAAAAUUCUAGAGCUGUAGGGAUUUUCUAAUAAACAAAAAUUGAGUAAAGAC